UCCCGGAAGAAGGAAGUGUGGAGAGGGGAGUCUGUUGACAGCAGCGGGACAAUCGACAGAUUUUAAACAUUGUUUUUGUCUCUGUUAAUCUGUUCUGGAUUACAUUUUGGUAUUUCGACGCAGCAGGAACCACCAAGAUAUGGAAUAUGGCAACAACUGAAACGCAGUUUAUGUCAAGCGUCGGUUUGAUCGAGAAAGAUGUGAAUGGAGACACACUGUGGGUGUGGUGCUAUCCCUCUGUGGACUCACGCCUGAGACAAGUCCUGCUCAGUAAGUGCUGUCUGACGCAGCAGGGCCGGGAUUUCCACACAUUUGUGUUUGGUCAGUUCUGUCGAACCUGGUACUACAUCACCACAGUGGAGGUUCAGGAACCUACAGCACUAAAUAAGGUCACUCAUUUUUCAACAGUCGUCACAGCAAAAGACUUCAACCCUGAGAAGUAUGCUGCACUCAGCAGAAUACUCUGCAGGAUGUACGUCAAACAUGGCACCCCAGUGAAGAUGAUGGAGGCUUACCUCACUGUUCUCAUUAAGGGGAUUUGUCAGAGUGAUGAAAAUGGAUCGUUUCUCAUUAAGGACUAUGAUGUUCGGAAAGCGUACUUGGCCGGUUCAAUCAAAGAUGUGGUGUCUCAGUUCGGUAUGGAGACCAUCAUCUUGUACACAGCACUCAUGCUGAAGAAGAGGAUCAUUGUUCAUCACCCUCGUAUUGAAGCGUUGUUAGAAUUUACGAGAGCUCUGCCAGCGCUGACUUGGCACAGGAAAGACUGGUCCAUCCUGCACCCAUACGUGCACCUCAGUGAUACUGAACUGGAGGAUUUACAGAAUUGUCCAGGUUAUAUAGCAGGAUUUGUAGAUCCAGAAGUGAGUAACAGAUCGGACUUGUUUGAUGUGUAUGUGAACCUCCCUGACAGUUUCAUCACAGUGUCACAGAGUGCUAAAGAGGCAAUGGCUAUGGGGAAGUUGCACAAGGAGGUUGGUCACCUCAUCGUCCAGUCGGCUGAGGACCCAGAGAGGUCAGACAGUCAGGUGAUUAAGGACAUCUCUAUUAAGACCAAAGAAAUCCUCGCCAACCUGCUCGCCCUGGCUGACAAGUGUGAAGACUCUAAAAUCACACUGGAAGGUUUGAAGCAGCAUCAUUUCCCUGCAGCGACAGAGAACUUCCUGUUUCAUCUGGCUGCUGCUGAGCAACUCUUAAGAAUAUAGACCUGUUUUCAGAUGUUCCUACUGAAGAUCAUGACACCGCGAUCGUGACGCUGGUCAGAUUCUGGCUCUACUCUUUUGUAAAUGUCUGGAUAUUUACUACUUUUCUAAAAGGCAUGUGCAGACUCUCACAGUAACCUUUUGUGUCGAGUAGCAAAGUGUCACCAGUAUUAAAUUUUAGCUUGCACUUUUAUGCUAAUAUGAGACAAGACUUAGACGAGACCACCAUCAAAAUAAAGUUUAUGUUUGACAGUUUUAUAUUUUUCUUUCAGCCAACUAAUCCCAUGAUAAGACCAAAACCAAAUGACUGUGUCAUCAAUUUUAUAUUAUUCAUUAUACUAUAUUUUAAUGAGGGACAGUGUUAUUGGUGGAUUUUCUCUCGCAACAAAUUCAAGGUUUGAGCAGCUUUUUUUUAAAACUGUAGUACCCAGAUGUUUAAGGAAACUAUUUGUACUUAUUUUUCCAGAGGGACUCUUGUGGGUAAAAGACAGACUGUUGAUUUUGGACUUGUUAUGGUAUUUGUUUAUAACUAGAUAAAUAUAAUAUUAGUAAUUGUGGACGACAUAAACUAAAUGACAAAUUUAGUUUUUUUUUUUUUUUCAGCCAGUACAUCAGAUAGCACUUUUCAGAUGCUUCCACUUCCCAAACUCACAUAUCUAAUUCUUGGUCGCUGUAAAUGUGAAUGCAAUAUAAGAAAUGUUUUAUUGUUGAGAACAAUUUCAGCCACAUUGCCAAGACAAUGGUUUUGUGCCAACUAAGACUCAGAGUGCAAUACACACAAGUGCUUGAUGUAUUUUCAUGAAUUGAUGAUAACAUUUCCUAUCUGCUAAUAUUAAAAGUAAAUAAAUUGGGGUCAUUUUGUGUUAACUUCA